AUGGCGCUGGGUAUAGCUGCCUCGAAUCCAGAUCAACACAAGAUUCAAACAGACUUUUCAUUUGCAUGUUUCUCCUUUAUCUCUUUAAAUGUUAUUUCUGUGUGUUUGUGGACGCAGGUGGCCAACUACGGCGUGGGAGGACAGUACGAGCCUCACUUUGACUUCGGACGGAAAGAUGAACCGGAUGUGUUUGAAGAGUUGGGGACAGGAAACAGAAUCGCCACCUGGCUGCUUUACAUGAGUGACGUACAGGCAGGGGGCGCCACCGUCUUCACUGAUGUUGGAGCUUCUGUCCGGCCCAAAAAGGUACAGUUCACUUUAGUGCUGCAGCUCCAUCAAGCCUCUGACAGGGUAAAGAUCAGUAAUUGAUUGUAAUUGUACAAU